UGGGGCCCCCGGGCAAUAGGGGAUCAUGGGGCCCCUGUGUCCUUGCCCAAACUCAAAAAAGCCUAUGAAAAAGAUGACAUUUUGAAUAAAAUAUAUAUUUUUUUUCUUCUCUGUGCAUAUAUAGACAAAAAAAUUUUCAUUUUGGGUUACUGUGGAGAAGGCUUGGCACCAGGGGCGGACUGACCAUUCGAGCACUCGGGCACUGCCCGAGGGACCAGGGUAAGUAGGGGGCCCCAUGAGACAUCCCCAGUACCUUUCAUAUGCUUUUUUGGGUAUGGGUGAGGACACAGGGGCCCCAUGAUCCCCUAUUGCCCGGGGGCCACAUGUGUUGUCAGUCCUCCCCUGC